AUGGGGGCCUUGGUCUCCAAGGGUCUUGACCGCAGGGAUGGGGUUUGGACUUUAGCCUCUGGGCAGUGGGAGACCCUGAUCGUGUCUGAACCUGGGAGUGACAUCACCAUCAUCCUCGCUGCCUUCCCAUCCACACCGGUGCCCUGGGCUGCCUUGAGUGGUGAGCACCCCCGGCGAUCCUCCCAGGCCCUGCUGUCCCUGGCAGCAGAGCUUGUCUGGUUGGAGGUCUUCGUCCACCUUACCUGGCGGGUGAUCUUGAUCCUGACGAAGUACUACCACGCAGACAUGGGGAAGGUUCUGGAAAGUUCGCUGUGGCGGUCGUCGGAUUUCGGGACGUCCUACACCAAGCUCACCCUCCAGCCUGGCGUCACCACCGUCAUCGACAACUUCUACAUCUGCCCGACCAACAAGAGGAAGGUCAUCCUUGUCAGCUCCUCACUCAGUGACCGGGACCAGAGCCUAUUCCUCAGUGUGGACGAAGGCGCCACCUUUCAGAAGCAGCCCAUUCCCUUCUUCGUGGAUACUCUGAUUUUCCACCCUAAGGAGGAGGACAAGGUGCUCGCCUACACAAAGGAGAGCAAGCUCUACGUGUCAUCUGACUUGGGGAAAAAGUGGACACUUCUGCAAGAGCGAGUGACCAAAGACCACGUGUUCUGGGCUGUGUCUGGGGUGGACGCUGACCCUGACUUGGUCCACAUGGAAGCCCAGGACCUCGGUGGAGGUUUUCGGUACGUCACCUGCCCGAUCCACAACUGCUCCGAGAAGCUGCUGGCAGCCCCGUUCGCAGGCCCCAUUGACCACGGGUCUCUGACCGUGCAGGACGAUUACAUCUUCUUUAAGGUAACAUCAGCAAACCGGACAAAAUACUAUGUCUCUCAUCACCGCAAUGAAUUUGUCCUGAUGAAGCUGCCGAAGUAUGCAUUGCCAAAGGAUCUGCAGAUCAUCAGCACGGACGAGAGUCAGGUGUUUGUGGCGGUGCAGGAGUGGUACCAGAUGGACACCUACAACCUGUACCAGUCGGACCCGCGCGGCGUGCGCUACGCGCUGGUCCUGCAGGACGUGCGCAGUUCGCGGCAGGCGGAGGAGAGCGUGCUCAUCGACAUCCUGGAGGUCAGAGGGGUGAAAGGAGUUUUCCUGGCAAACCAAAAAAUUGAUGGGAAAGUGAUGACACUUAUAACCUACAACAAGGGCCGCGACUGGGAUUACCUGAGGCCACCCAGCAUGGACAUGAAUGGAAAACCAACCAACUGCAAGCCUCCAGACUGCCACCUGCACCUGCACCUGCGCUGGGCAGACAACCCCUAUGUAUCAGGCACCGUGCACACCAAGGACACCGCCCCAGGCCUCAUCAUGGGGGCAGGUAACCUGGGCUCACAGCUGGUGGAAUAUAAAGAAGAAAUGUACAUCACGUCAGACUGCGGUCACACCUGGCGGCAGAGCCGGCAGGCCCUGCCCUACCCAUUUCCCACAGAAGAGCCGGGCACUGUGCCCCUCACCCUUGCCCACUUGGCUGGACUGGCCAUGGCCCUUCACGCCCUCGACCCUGACUGGCUCUUCCACUGGCCCCCUGAAUGCCCCAGAGGGGCCCACACGGUUAAGCCCCCAAGAGUGCCUGACCCCAGCCUCUAUCUCCCUUCGCCCACAGGAUUCCUCUGUUGGAAACAGCGCCUGCAGAAGCGGGCGGACGCGGCAGAGUCACAGUCGUACCUGGGGACCUUCCCCUGUCCUUGGGUCUUUGGCCACAUCAGCUUCCGCUCCGACUGGGAGCUGGUCAAGGUGGACUUCCGGCCCUCAUUCUCCAGGCAGUGUGGCGAGGAAGACUACAGCUCCUGGGACCUCUCCAACCUGCAGGGCGACCGCUGCAUCAUGGGCCAGCAGAGAAGUUUCCGGAAGAGAAAGUCCACGUCCUGGUGCAUCAAGGGGAGGAGCUUCACCUCGGCGCUCACGUCCCGCGUGUGCGAGUGCCGGGACUCAGACUUCCUGUGCGACUACGGAUUUGAGCGCUCCCCCUCCUCAGAGUCCAACACCAACAAGUGCUCUGCCAACUUCUGGUUUAAUCCAUUGUCCCCGCCUGACGACUGUGCCCUGGGCCAGACCUACACCAGCAGCCUUGGGUACCGGAAAGUGGUGUCCAACGUGUGUGAGGGUGGGGUGGACCUGCAGCAGAGUCCGGCGCAGCUGCAGUGCCCCCUCACGCCGCCCCGGGGCCUGCAGGUCAGCAUUCAAGGCGAGGCGGUGGCCGUGCGGCCUGGAGAGGACGUGCUGUUUGUGGUGCGGCAGGAGCAGGGCGACGUCCUGACCACCAAGUACCAGGUGGACCUUGGGGAUGGCUUCAAGGCCAUGUACGUGAACCUUACACUGACCGGGGAGCCCAUCCGGCACCGCUAUGAGAGCCCCGGCAUCUACCGCGUGUCCGUCAGGGCAGAGAACACGGCGGGCCACGAUGAGGCAGUGCUCUUCGUCCAGGUCAACUCCCCCCUGCAGGCCCUCUACCUGGAGGUGGUUCCUGUCAUUGGCAUCAACCAGGAGGUGAACCUCACAGCUGUGCUGCUUCCCUUGAACCCCAACCUCACCGUCUUCUACUGGUGGAUCGGCCAUAGCCUGCAGCCCCUCCUUUCCCUGGAUAAUUCUGUGACAACGCGGUUUUCGGACACUGGCGACGUGCGUGUGACGGUGCAGGCCGCCUGUGGGAACUCGGUGUUGCAGGACUCCAGGGUCCUCCGUGUGCUGGAUCAAUUUCAGGUCGUGCCUCUGCAGUUUUCCAAGGAGCUGGAUGCCUACAACCCGAACACGCCUGAGUGGAGGGAAGACGUGGGCCUGGUGGUCACCCGGCUGCUCUCCAAGGAGACCAGCGUCCCUCAGGAGCUGCUGGUGACCGUGCUGAAGCCGGGGCUGCCCACUUUGGCCGACCUUUACGUGCUCCUGCCCCCUCCCAGGCCCACGAGGAAGAGGAGCCUCUCGAGUGAUAAGAGGCUCGCCGCCAUCCAGCAGGUGCUGAAUGCACAGAAGAUCAGCUUCCUCCUGCGAGGCGGAGUCCGGGUCCUGGUGGCCCUGAGAGACACAGGCACAGGUGCUGAGCAGCUGGGCGGCGGCGGUGGCUACUGGGCGGUAGUGGUGCUGUUUGUCAUCGGGCUCUUCGCGGCAGGAGCGUUCAUCCUCUACAAGUUCAAAAGGAAACGGCCGGGCAGGACCGUGUACGCCCAAAUGCACAACGAGAAGGAGCAGGAGAUGACCAGCCCCGUGAGCCACAGUGAGGACGUCCAGGGCACUGCCCCGGGCAACCACUCGGGCGUGGUCCUGAGCAUCAACUCCCGAGAGAUGCACAGCUACCUGGUGAGCUGAUGCCGCCCCAGCAUCCGUCGUUUCACCCACGGAGGGCACGGAACCACCAGUGAAGCCGGCGGCUGGACCGGCGCCCCUCAGAGACCUGCGGAAAGCCCCCUCCCCGAGUCGUCCCCACACCAGGCGACAGGCACCACCCCCUCUGAUAAGUCGAAGCCCGCCCAGGCCCACGGGGGCCCACGGGACCCCCUGGACAUGGCCCUGCCCCUAUGGGACACCAGGCCUGACUCGGGCAGGUUCUACCCCCAGACCCCACACACGGCUGCCCCACGUGCUGUCACUCAGGCCGAGGCCUGACUUCUCUGGGCUGAGGCUGGUCAUCCUGGACCCCACCCAGUACCUCGGGCUGCAAGAGCUGUGGACCCAUUCAGACACUGUGUUGCGGGUUCACUUCCCCGCAGAGGCCGGAGCCUCCCUGACUUUGCUUCUUCACUCCCACCUGUGCGGCUGCCCAGUCCCUCUGUGGGAGUCCGAGAGCCAGGCCCUCCUAACGCCACACUGCCCUCCGGCUGGAAACUGCGGCUGUGUAAAUGCCUCUCUAGGUAGCUGUUGGCGGUGGUGGGGGUGUCUCACUCUCUGUCUUUAUAGCUGGUGGUAGCCACGGGGGUUGCUCUGUCAGAGCCCCGUACUCGGGAGCCCCUUUCCCUGAGUGCCCAGGGCGCCUCCUCUGCCCAGAGGGGCAGCAGCUCUCUCCCUGGUUCUCCCCAGGGCAGAUGGGGUGGGGUGGGCUCAGGGCCCUGUGCCCAUGGUUCCUCACUCCUGCCAGCAAGCAGCACCAUCCUGCAGGCUUCUCCCACCUGAUGGCUCUUCUCCCACCGUCCUGGGCUCUGGAAGGAGCCAGAAGCCCCCAGAAAGGUGGAUGGUGGAGACGGCUCUGGAUGCACGAGUUUUCUGCAGUUCCUUGUAGGCGUAGGGACCCCAGUGGAAACCCAGCUGGGAGAGGCUGAGGAUGGCAGGGUUGGAAGGGCCAUCAGGGUGCCCCUCAUUUUCAAGAAGGGGAAACUGAGGCCCAGGGAGGAGAGUGACUGAAGGUCACAGCAGGGUCACAGCAGAGGUGGCCCUGAACCCAGCUCUCUGCUCCCCAGUGCCGUGAGGUCUCCAUACCCCGCCCCCCCCAGUUUCCUAGAAUCAGGGAUGUUCGUGUAAGUCUACACAUAGGAAUAUGGGGGGUGGAGGGUCACCUUUUGCCUUGAAAUGAGAAGUCAGUAGCCCCUUCCUCCUCCCCAUCCUCCCUCUUCUCUCUGGCAGGGCUCUCAGAUGACCGUGGCCUCCCCUUCAGAAGGGGAGAACGCCAGAGCCCAGGCUGGUACGCGCUGGCUGGGGGUGAAUCCGAAU